GGAGCGAGCUGCAAGCCUCUACCGCACGCACAAGCAAAGCCAUGGCUCAGAGCACCGGAGGGGAGCACCACGUCCGCAUGCCGGCUCACAGUGGCGGGCAGGCGGGCACGGGAGACAAGCCGCCGGAAAAGCAGCUGAACGGCUUCGUUCGCGCGGUCGCGCUGAUGGAGCGGCUGGGCAACGCCCUCGGCACGCUCGCCUUCACCUGGGCGACCGUCGUCCUGCUGGGGGGCUAUCCCACGGUGCUACGAAAAGACGACUUUUGUUUCGCAACCACCAUAGUUUUCCUAGAAGCCUCAAGGUAAUAAGCAAAUCAUCAUGCACAACGAUUUCGACCAUAUACAAAUUAUACCACUCCCUCCGUUUCAAAUUAUGAUUUUUAACUUUUUUUUUACUUCAAACUUAACCACUCAUCUUUUUUAAAAAAAAUAUGCAAAAUACUACUUCUUUUGAUGUGACUUGGUUAAUUAAUACAGGUUCUUGAAAAAUAACUUAAAUUUGACUAUGUUUGUACAACUUCAUUGAAUAAAAUGAGUGGUCAAACUUAGGGUAUAAAAGUUAAAUAAAUUAUAAUUUGGAACAGAGAAAGUACAUGUAAUGCUAUUGCUGAUCGAUAGUUAUGUCGUCACACCACCAAUGCAAGUUUGUUGAAAACAACGUGAUUUAUAUGCCUUUAAUUUUUAUCUAUUUCUUUUGCGGUUAAUUUUUUUGCCUAUAUAUCCCUCCAUCUUAGAUAGACUAUUCUUUUAGAAAUUUCAGACACAUUACUAUUCUAAGAAUAAUCUUGUUGCCUCUAAUUAAUAUAGAGACUAGCCUAUCAACCUGUGCUCCCGCAUAGACUAAUUAGAAUUAAUAUAAAAUAAAUCUUACAGCUAAUAAUUGUAAUUAUCUAUCGCACAUUCUCUUUCAUCUGUUAAAUAUUCUAACACGUACUCUAAAAUACAUAUUUAUCAUUAUAUUUAGUUGCAAUAGAUUUUAUUUUGCAUCACAACUCCGUAUGUUUGAUAUAUAUUUAAUUGAAUCCUUUAUUUUUGAAUUGGUAUUCUUAUGUCAUUCAUUAUACAUGAAUACAUAGUGGUACAUAUCGUAGAUAGUAUUUUUAUAUUAACACAAAUAAUAUAUUAAUAAUGAUAAAAUAUUAAUUUAGUAUUUUAUAUUCGUAGGUUACUUUAACUUUUAAUACUGAUAUAAUUGUAUAAUUUAUAUACAAAUUUAGAGGGUUAUUUGCAUUAUUUUUAUAAUGGCAUAGGUGAAUAAUCUACAUGAAGAUUAGAUGAAUACUUUAGAUUUUUUAUAAUGGCAGAGGUGGAUAAUUUAGAUACAUUUUUAGAAGGUCACUUUAGUCUAUUUUUAUAAGGUAAUGACUCUAUUAUGGCCCGCCGUAUAAUAGCAUAGGUGGAUAAUUUAGAUAUAUGUUUAGGCCUUAGGGGGUCACUUUAGUCUACUUUUAUAAUUACAGAGGUGGCUAAUUUAUUAGAAAAGAUACCAGAUUCAGUACUAUUAUGAUUAGAGUUGUCAGGUUGAUGUUUCUGAUUUUUAUGAGAGUUUCUAGAACUUCACUAUUUUUGUAGAGUGUUUAUCUUGGAUCAUAGCUGGCUUCACGUGCAGGCUUCAAAGUAGUCUCCAAUUAGCAAUAGUAAGAUUAUGAGUAGAAACCGUAUUGUUUAUUUAGUUUUCAACCGCCUCAAUAAAUGCAUAUGCAUUAGAACUACAAAAGUUGAUUGGCUCUUUGCGGUUUCUAUAUAAUUUUUUAGUAGCUCGUAUUGUUUUAAUUAGAUAGACCUGACUACAAGAUAAAGAGAUACUCUUUUUUUUUUUGAAAAGAUAGCACGAGCACUGCUCUGUCAUUUAAGAAGAAAGCAAUUGUACAUCACGCGCCGAAGCGAACACCACUAUAUAGAUCAAAACAAAUUCUUUUAGGGACGGAGGGUAUAUAGCUUCCUUAUUUAAUAGCACCAUUUGUCCUGCAGGAUGUUCAGCCGCAAUAACAAAUUGGAUUACCAAUUGUUCUUUUACACAAGAGGCGCUUUUAAGCCUCUUGGAUGGAAUGGGCUGACUGUGGUUGUAAUUUUUAUCAGCGUUGCGGUAUUCCGCAAAAGUUUUUAUUUGACCUCGACCGGUCCGUCAGUGUCUGGGGUGGCUCUACUGGUGGUAGCGCUAGUUACACUUGCAGUAGUCCGGUUGUUCCCCGGACUUGCAAGGUUACUCAGAGUCAGAGGCAAUCUGCUACGUCGUGCCAUAACGUUAUCGAGCCCCUUCGUUCCAAUUUUAUUUCUGGGCCUUACUCUGUUCCGUGUAAUCACUAAUUAUGGAAUUGGCACCAGACAAAAGGCCGAAUUGGUAGCAUUCGUACUACUGUUUCUGGUUCUGCUCCUUUUGACGAUCAGCAGGCUCCGGUUUUCAAGUAUCAUCAAACUAGUUGAUCAUGCUCUGGGCCCCAAACAAAUCUUUUGGCAUCGAGUCAUUCUGAAUUCGUGCAUGCUUACUACAGGAGUGUUGUUGGCGUUUGCGCUUCCAGACAAUACUCUUCCUUUUUCCAUUAUCACAACUGAAUUAGUUGCUGUAGCGACAGUGUCGUUGGGCAAUUUACAGAUUCCAGCAGCAAUUGUGCGCGUGGUGCUCGCACUAAUGCGUCUUAUACCACAUGACUACUAUGGUGAUAAUGUCAGGGAGAUUGACAAUAGUAACCCUGGGAAUGGGGGCAAGACAAACCUUGCACCAUCCCUAAAUAUAUUCUACGGGAUGGUGCUUGGUCAAGGAACACUCUACAGUGUGGCCUGCAUACUCGAGUUAUUUUCUUUCAUCCCUCGAAGAUCCCUUGCUCGUCGUGGUGGCUUCGGAGGUCGGUGGGGAGUGGAGUCUGUCAAUCUUUACUAUUCAUAUGCCUUUGAGAAAUACAUGCAAGGGGAUGUGCUUGCUCCAAAGAACAUCAGCCUCAACAACUUUGCUGUCGAUUCUGUAAACUCAGAAACGCCUAGGAUGCAGUUCCAUGGGAUCAGAAUGAUGCACUGUCUUCUGCAGAAGCAGCCAACUAGGAGAUGGUUCAUUUUGAAACUCAGCGGAUCUAUGGAAACGAUGGCCAGGUUUAUCAACAUGCUGGACUGGACAAGCCAAGAGGAUACAACUGUUAGAUUGUUUGCUGCAAAAGUCACCGCUGAGCUCGCAACAAGCAUCCGAGUUGUAACUAUACCUGGGAUAAUUCAGGUAGUAUCUGCGCUUCUGGGAUGCAGCAACCAACAGAAAAGAGGAAACCCACUAUUGGACACCAAAGUUGGACAUGAGAAAAUACAUGAUUCAGUUCUGAAUGCCGGCGAUAACCAAGAGGACAGACUUGAUGCAGUUCCAGACACUGGCAGCCUAAUGGAAACAAAAGACAGCUCAACCCAGCAAGUUGGGACUGCCCAACAGAAGUCCAGGAUAUUCAGAUGUUGUCAAGGGAUCUCCAAGUUCUGGUCAAUUCCUCAGGAGGAACCGUUGACAGAGCAAGAUCUUCUACCUGCACUAGCCAUGUUAAUUCUUGAUGGCCUUGCUAGCUGUGAUCAAGGAAAUUGUAUGGAAAUCAGCAGGGCAAGUGGCCUCAUCCCCAAGAUCAUAGCAUUCACAAGCUGCAGAAGAAGUGGCACCACAUAUACCGACGCACAACGGAUGGUCCUAGUGAAGUCAUCAGUGAAUUUGUUGCACAGGCUCACCAGUGUUGAAGGGGAAAUUGGUAUAACGUUGCGGCAUAAGGUAUCUAGACAUCCCUUUCUACUGAGAAACCUUUCAGAGAUCCUGGGAGACGGUAUGAGCAGCCAAGAAGUAAGAACGUUGGUGGAAGGAAUCAUCAGAAACCUUGCCAUUGAUGAGAAUGCAAGGCAAGCGAUUGGGCGCAUCCAAGUGAUUAUUACCUUGUUGAUGCAGGCAUUUCUCAAACCAGACAGACCCUCCAGUACGGAUGCUGAUAAGUUGCUACGGGAGGUGGCCGGCCAGGCACUGGCAAUGUUGGCAAUGGACAAUGUCAACAACUGUCUGGCCAUGUUAGGGGAAACAGGGCAUGGGUUCAUUGAGGUACUCACAAGUAUGAUCCAUAUGGAUAGGUACAGAUGCGUGGCAGCAAGUCUGUUGCGGAAUAUUUGUCAGCACGUUCGACCUGAGCUUAAAGAGCCGGACCUGAAGGAACUAUCUUACUGCUUGAGACAGGCAUUGGAAAUAAUACUGGUUGCAGAUGAUGAGGCAGAACUAGAGAUUUUCAUUGGCCUUAGUUCACAGAUAUGCAAAGUCAUUCCAGGAGACUUCGCCCGAGAACUAGAAGACGGCCAUCUCAAGGACAGAUUCGUGAAGCGGCUAGUAGACGCCCUGAACGCAAACAUGGAACCCAGCGCUCACUGCCCCGGGAUCAGGAGGGUGAUACUCGAGCAAGCCAUAAACAUGAUGGAACAUGACUCCCGCUACGCGAAGUGCUUCAUCGACCGCCGCAUGGCGGAAGCACUGUCCAUGGUGGAAGAGACGGCCUCGGAGGCCGAGAACUACAGCCUCUUCCUGGGCGAUGUAGGGCUGAUGGAGGCCAGCGUGCCUUUGUCCUCCCUUGUGGCGACGGCCAAACAGCUGCUGGCCGUUCGUCGAAGCUGAUAACCCCAUCAUCAUCAUGAUCAUGGAUACAGAUUGUAUUGUAGUUGUGUUGAUGUGGUGUCCUUUUCUUUUACUUGAGUUGGUAGGUCCAGAGUUGGAGUGAAAGUGAGUCCCGGAUCCCAUGUUGAUGUAUUCUUAAUUUCUUAUGCAUUGUGAAAGAGAUUCGUAUUGCUAUUAUAAUUAUUUUUGUGAUUAAUGGAUUGUCCAAAACUUCCACUA